AUGACCGCCAUCCAACCCUUCAGAGUCGCCAAUGCCGCCUUCAUAUCCUCCACCUCUUCGAAGCCGGCGGAGCCCACAGUCGCGAAGCCCGGCCUCGUCAAGGGCAACCCCCCACCACCGCCCGCGAUGAAGAACGUCACAACCGGGGAAGUGCCAUUGCCGAGUCAGGAGGGCUCAAAGGGUGUGGUACAAUACGCACUCACAACCCUCGACAGCAUAGCCAACUGGGCCCGCCAAGGCUCCCUCUGGCCCAUGACCUUCGGCCUCGCCUGCUGCGCCAUCGAAAUGAUGCACCUCUCCACGCCGCGCUACGACCAAGACCGUCUAGGCAUAAUCUUCCGCGCCUCGCCGCGCCAAUCCGACGUCAUGAUCGUAGCCGGCACCUUGACAAACAAAAUGGCGCCCGCGCUGCGACAAGUCUACGACCAGAUGCCUGACCCGCGAUGGGUGAUCAGCAUGGGCAGCUGCGCGAACGGAGGGGGUUACUAUCACUACUCGUACAGUGUGACGAGGGGCUGUGAUCGGAUUGUGCCGGUCGACAUUUAUGUGCCGGGGUGCCCGCCGACGAGCGAGGCGUUGAUGUAUGGGAUUUUCCAGUUGCAGAAGAAGAUGAGGCAUACCAAGAUUACGAGGAUGUGGUACAGGAAGUAA